CGCGGCAGCUUCACGAGGGGCUCGGCCGGGGGCGGCGGCGGCGGCGCGCCGUCUUCUUCGCCGUCGCCGGCGCCGGGCGCGGGGGAGCGGCGCGCGCGGUGGUGCGCGUGCACGCGGGCGGCGCCGGCGGCGGGGUCCGGAUCCUGCGCCAGCACCGGGGACGCGCCGCGGGCGGCGAGCAGCACCACCAGGAGCAGCAGAAGCAGCGCGCCGACGCGCUGCAGCGGCGUGCAGUGCCGCCGAGGGGGAGGCCCCCGGCGUCGGAUGGCGCCGCGCAUGGCAGCGGUGCAGCGUUCAGCGAUCAGAGUUGA